GCAGACUUUCUUCCCUGCAGCAACUGAAAGAUUACUUCUGCUUCCAGAGCAGGACACUGAUUUGAACAUCUAAGAAUUCAGUAGCUCACUAUUUCAGCCGUGACACUCACUCGUGCAGUCUCCUAGGCUUAUUUAGAGGCGCUUUUCCAAACAUUUCCGCGACUUUCUGCCGACUUGGAUGUCGCAGUCGGUGUUCCAACAAACGAAGCAUCUUGAGCCAGGAUAUCCAAAGAAGCUUCAAAACAGGAAAGGAAAUUCACCAGCUUCUGCCUGAGCUUUGGAAAAACAGUUUCACAAAGGUGUCAUGAAGUGAUGGAGAACCAAGAUAAAGGCCCUGCAGCUGAGCAGGCCCCCGCAGAUCUAGAACGGGGACUUCUCCACGUGUGGAGUUCAGCGGGAUGCAGCAAGCAGCUCUGCCCAGAGCGAGUGCUGAUGUCCAGGCCUGUUGUGCAGGUUUCUCUGGGAGAGCACCACGGCCUCCUGUUGGCACAGGGUGGUCAGGUGUUUUCAUUUGGAGAGCUUUUAUGGAGGGACAUGAGCAUCCCGCUGUCUGCUCCGGUGUUGGAGGUCUCUCUAGUGGGGAAGAUGAUGGUCCGAGUGGCUGCUGGAGGCUUCCACUGUGGGGCACUAAGUGAGCAGGGCAGCGUCUACAUGUGGGGGGAGAAUACAGCCGGGCAGUGUGGAGUGAGCGAGCGUGGGACCCUCACAAAUAUCACAGUCUCAGAGCCCACCCCCAUCAACGUGGUGGACAGUGAGGCCGUUCCUCCAGUGGUGGUGCGGAUCGUGGAUCUGGCCUGCGGACGGGAGCACAGCCUGGCUCUGUCAGCCCAGAAUGAGCUGUGGGCCUGGGGCAGUGGCUGUCAGCUCGGCCUGGUCACAAACUCCUUCCCUGUGUGGAAGCCACAGAAGGUUGAACACUUGGCAGGAAGACACGUGAUUCAGGUUGCCUGUGGCGCCUACCACAGCCUGGCCCUCGUACGCAGUUUACCUCCUCAGGACCAUAACACUCAGAGACCCCCGAAGGAAAGGGAGCAGGGCCGAUCGCCUCACCACCCAUUGACAGAGAGGGAGGAUCUGUUUACGGCUGAGGAUUCUCAUUAUUGUCCGCUUGGGGUGGAACUGACUGAAGUCAUGAGAGGAGAGACGUCUCCCAGAAGACUAGCCCCCAGGCAGAGACUCCAUCCAGGAGAAACUUUGUCUGGCAGCAGCCCUGGCUCUGGAUCCAGCUGCUCCUUUUCUGAAGAUAGAAAAUCUAACGCCAAACAUUACAGCAAGCAUGAGCCUGAGGUGCACAGUGACUCUGUACCCCAGACUGAAAGCAGCCCCAGAGCCUGUCCAGUGGCACACUGGACAAGCAACAAGAACUCAGACUUUCCUGACGCGCUGGAACUACGAAGCCUCUUCGGAAAGCUGUCUGCUCAUUCUUUGGAGUCGCAGCCCAGCGUGGGGACGGGGGACACCGACUCGCUGAGCAGCCACACCUCCAGUUACGAGGACAGUUUUGUUUCUUCAACUCCCUCCAGUGAUCCGUGGACUUACAGUAGCAAAGACAACUCAACUUUAAAAAGAGAAACAAACAGCUGCGGCAGCGGGCCAUCUGGGCCGUACUCCUCUUCCCCGGUGUGUUUAGAAGAAGUUCGUCUUUGUCUGGAGAAAGAGAGGCAAGCACUGCAGGGGCAGAAGAGCUCCAGUCUGACAAAUAUACACCAGAAAGGGAAAACUGCGGCGAGCAGGAGGCACUCACUUCCUGGAACCCCCACCCAUGGGUCUCCUCGCAGGCGGCGCCACUGUGCCUGCGGGCCGCUCCCCGCUCAGGCCGCAGGGGCAGAGGAGGCAGGAGACGGACUGCCCACCCUGGAAACGGAGGUGUGGAGCUGGGGCCGCGGGUCGGAGGGGCAACUUGGUCAUGGAGAUCAGCUCGCAAGGCUUCAGCCUCUGUGCAUCAAGUCUCUGACGGGACUGGAAGUGAUCAAAGUUGCCGCGGGGUCGCACCAUUCGCUGGCUCUCACCGCUCAGUGUCAGGUCUACUCAUGGGGAAGCAACAUGUGUGGACAGCUCGGCCACAUCAACAGUCCCGUCACUGUGCCACAACAGGCAAAGCUGUCUGAUGGCCUCCGUGUUUGGGACGUGUCGGCUGGUCAGAGCCACUCCCUCCUCCUGGCCGACGGCGACUGCGUCCAGCCAGUGCUGCUGUACUGCGGCCAGCAGCAGGAGUCGCUGCCGGCGCAGCGCGGUCAGAACUCUGGCCAGAGGUCGCCCCACAGGGCGGAGAGCUACACCCUCAGGCCCGCUCUGCUGCCCUUCUGCAUCCAGAUGGGGUACAUCAGCAGUGUGUGCAGCGGCGGCCAGAUGUGCGCCGCGCUGGCAGACCACAACGUGAUGGGUUUGAUCUCUGCCAUCCACGAGCUGGCCUCCACGGAGAGGCGGUUUUACUGCUGGUUGAACAACGUCAGGAGGGUCCUGCUCACGCCGCUGCGCAACAGAGAGGCCGCCUGCCCACAGUUAGCUGCCCUCAGCUACUUCCUGCAUGACGGGCCCAGCCGGGACCUCACCUCCCUCCCCCUGCUGACACACUCAGAACAUUUCCUGGACACUUAUAAAAAGUACUGCUCUGCUGUCGAUGACUUCAAAGUAAUGGGGGGAUUUCAGUCACUUCAUAAACUCUCACAGCAGUGUUUGGGCGGGCAGCAGACUGUGCUCUCUCAGCUCUGCGCUUCCGACCCGGCGGUCAGCGGUGAUGCUGAUUUAACUUCAGUCCUGUACCGGCCCCUGCAGCAGCUCCACCAAUACCACCGAGUUCUGCUCAAAAUGGCGGUCUGCUUUGAUGUGCUGACCUUUGAGUAUCAGUCCCUCCAUCAGGGAUGUGGUCAUUAUGAAACUCUGUCUCUGUCUCUGCUGAGAAAGAAGAAGGAAGCGGAAACCACCCUCCUUUUCUGGAAAGCCCAUUCUGGUAAAACUACUGAGAUUCUGCGUCUCCCGCGACGGCGCGUGGUGUGUGAGAGCAGCAACAGAUCUGUGACUCUGCAGAACGCCGGCCGGUUCUCCAACCACUGGUUCAUUCUGUUCAGCGACGUUCUGGUGCACAUGCAGGGUUCCAUUCCCUCUCAAAGCUUUUUCUCCACACAUCACGUCUAUCCUCUGAGCUGUCUGUGGGUGACACCGCUCACCGAAGAUGGCAGUGGACUCUAUGCCAUCAAAAUAACAUGUCCAGAGGAGACUUUCACCAUGGUGGCCUCAACGCCACAGGAAAAGAACAAGUGGCUACGGUCUCUCAACCAGGCGGUGGACCAGGUGCUGGGGGGUGGAGGUCAGGGGUCAUCUCCAGCGGUGACGGCAAUGUCCCGCACGGCCCCCUACACGUUCACCGCAGACGAGCGAUACAAAGACGCUCACUACGCCGGUAGCUGGCUGGCAGGACGGAUCCACGGCAGGGGAACCAUGAAGUGGCCAGAUGGACGGAUGUAUACGGGAAACUUCAAGAAUGGACUGGAGGAUGGUUAUGGAGAGUGUUUGAUACCCAACAAGAUCCUGAACAAACCAGACAGCUACCAAGGGCAGUGGAAAGAAGGCAAGAUCCAUGGUUUUGGAAAGUACAAGUAUGCCAGUGGUGAGGUGUAUGAGGGAUGUUUCUUGGACGGCCAGCGCCACGGUUACGGCAUGCUGAGCUCCGGUAAACUCGCCAAGACGUCCUCUAGCGUUUUCAUCGGCCACUGGGUUCAGGACAAGAAAACGGGAUACGGAGUCCACGAUGACAUCACCAGAGGUGAAAAGUACAUGGGGCUGUGGCUGGACGACCAGCGCCACGGCGCUGCUGUGGUCGUCACCCAGUACGGCGUGUACUUUGAGGGGACUUUCAGAGAAAACAAGAUGGCUGGCCCGGGUCUGCUGGUGUCGGAGGACGACACAAGAUUCCACGGGGACUUUUCUGACGACUGGUCCAUCAACGGGAAGGGUGUGCUGUCCCUGGCUAACGGUGACUGUCUGGACGGCCUGUUCUGUGGAGAGUGGAACACGGGCCUGAAGGUGACUGGAACCUACACCAAAGCAGCAAAUCACGGAUGUGAAAACAAAGACAGGAAAAGCGUGCAGUUGGGUCAGUUUGCGGUGCCUGCAGGUCAGAGGUGGAUCUGUGUGUUUGAUGAGUGCUGGAGUCGGCUGGGCUGCGAUGGCGCCGGGAAAGGACAGAGGACCACGGCCUGGGAGAACAUAGCUGUUUCCAUAACGACCGCUCGACGACAGAGUCCAGACCUCAGCAAAUCCCAGACCAAAGUGCUGGAGAGUCUGGAGUUUAUUCCUCCCUAUGGCGAGCCCGUCACCACCCUGAACUACGACGGCGUAAGGAGAUACCUCACCAAGGCGUGCGAGACGCCCCACCACCCUCUGGGCUGGCUGGUGGAGACGCUGGUGACCGCCUACCGGAUGACCUACGUCGGCGUGGGCUCCAACCGGCGGCUGCUGCGGCAAGCCGUCCAGGAGCUCCAGGCCUACCUCACACACUUCUACACCGUAAUCAGGUUUCUGUUUCCUGAGCUACCAGACGAUGGCGGCGUCAUCCCUGAGCCCCCCGCCUCUCCAUCCAGAAGCAACUCGAACAAAGCCGAGCAAGGUGUCACGGUGGUGUGCUGCUCCUCCCUGCUCCUCCCCCUGCUGCUCCCCCGACUCUACCCCCCCCUCUUUACCCUGUACUGUCUGCAGGAGGAGCAGGAGGAGGCCCAGUACUGGGAGCGCAUCCUGAGACUCAACAAGCAGCCCGACCAAUCGCUGCUCAGCUUUCUGGGAGUGCAGGAGAAGUUUUGGCCUCUCUGGAUGUCAAUUCUGGGGGAAAGAAAGCAGAUUGUGUCCAGCAGCAAAGACGCCUGCUUUGUCUCUGCCGUGGAGACGCUCCAACAAAUCAGCACCACGUUCACGCCGUCGGACAAGCUGGUGGUCAUUCAGAGGACGUUCGAGGAGCUGACCACGGAGGUGAAGCCCCUGCUGCACGGAGAUUUCCUGUGGUGCAUGGACGACCUGUUCCCGCUCUUCCUCUACGUGGUGCUCCGGGCCAGGAUCAGGAGCCUGGGAGCCGAGGUCAAUCUGAUCGAAGACCUGAUGGAUCCCAACCUUCAGCACGGAGAGAUGGGCCUGAUGUUCACCACCCUGAAGGCCUGUUACAUCCAGAUCCAGCAGGAGUCCACCACAUGAGACGAGCGAGUCCCGGACGGGACUGCGCAGUCCAAAAAAAAAGGGGGAAGCGUAACAAAUCAGAGCAGAAGUUUUCAAUCGGUGGAAGCUGAACAGACACACGGCAGAGGGAGGGACAGGGCCAUUCUUCCACUUUCUGCCACGGUUAUGUUACACAUCACUGUUUUAGUUUUCAUCAGGAAGCGACACGUCGCCCUCUCCUGGACACGCGGGGGAACUACCAGAUCGCCCUCAACCUUUUUUUACUCAGAUUUUUAAUAUAUUUAUCAGAGUUGUUUAUCAGAGGUUUUUCCGCAGAGGUACAGUGUUCUCCCAUUUUUCUAGUAUUUCCAUAAAGGUUAAAUUCCUGAUUAUCUACAAUCCAAAAGCAGAGAGAGAGAGAUUUUAGCAUAUAGUUUUUUCAGGCUCAUCUCAAUGAAAGGGAGAUCACUGUUUAACUGACAAAGUCUAAAACUGGACCAGAUUUAAAGGGAAAAGCAAAUAAUGUAUAUAUCUUAUCUAGCACAGAAAAAAGGGUAUUAUAGGUUUCACAAUGAUGGAACCGGCCAGGAAGCUGACCACUGUUUCUCAGUCGACGGCAGCUCGCCGCUCAUAGAAGCUGCUGUACUUCCACUCAACGGAAACUGUGGUGGGGAAAACACUUUGCUUUUAUGUAAGUAACUGACUUUUAGAGUUAUCAUUAAUGCCCUUGAAAUCAGGAUAGAUGUUCCCCUCUCUGGUGUCUAGGACAAAAAGGUUGCUGAAAUCAGUUCCACAGACUAUAGGACAGAUUCACCAGUGUGUAUUUCACUGAAAACAGGUAAUGAGGGAAUGCCGAUCAGCUCAGACAUGAAUUCCCCUUUAGAUUUCAUCGUGCCUGAUUUUAUGAAUGUGUGUUUGUGUGUGUGUGUGUGUGAGUGUGAAGGGGCGUGGGGAAAGUGUGAUGAAACACAUUCCUAAAAAGACUAAUUUUUAGUAAUUUAGUUUGGUAAAUUGUAUGGAUGUUGGUCAUAAUGAUCAUUAUUUAUGCUUUUUAUGUGAAUCAGCACUUU